AUCAUCUCUUCCCAGUUUAACACCUCCUCGCAGCCCGCCCCCUGGUUCCUUCCCACUCUCUACCUCACCCCCCCAUCCCCACUCUGCGCAUGCGUCAUAAGAACCCCCCACACUCGCGGCACCGGCUGAGAGUAUUGUCGGGGGCUAUUCUCUCUCCCAGAAACAUGGCGGCGAGUCAGGGAGGUGGUGGUAACAGCGGGGGCGGCGGUUGUGGUGGAGGUGGAAGUAGCGGUGGCAGUGGAGCGGCCGGAGGAGGAGGAGGAGGUGGCGGGGCCGGAGGGGGAGGCGGCGGCGGCGGCUGCGGCGGGACCCUGGCGGUUCCCAUCCCGGUCCCGACUCUUUUCGCUCAGCCGUUCCCCAAUGGGCCGCAGUGGAACCCAGGCAGCCUACAGCCUCAGCACACGGUGAGGAGCCUGGACCGGGCCCUGGAGGAGGCGGGCAGCUCCGGCAUCCUGAGUCUCAGCGGCAGGAAACUCCGAGACUUCCCGGGCAGCGGCUACGACCUGACGGACACCACCGAAGCAGAUCUUUCCAGAAAUCGUUUUACAGAAAUUCCCUCUGAUGUCUGGUUAUUUGCACCGCUUGAAACAUUAAAUUUAUAUCAUAAUUGCAUCAAAACCAUUCCUGAAGCCAUUAAAAACCUGCAGAUGUUAACAUACCUUAACAUUAGUCGAAAUCUUUUAUCAACAUUGCCAAAAUAUCUAUUUGAUCUACCCCUUAAAGUUUUGGUCAUCAGUAAUAAUAAACUGGUAUCCAUUCCAGAAGAAAUUGGGAAGUUAAAAGAUUUAAUGGAAUUGGAUAUUAGUUGUAAUGAAAUUCAGGUCCUUCCUCAACAAAUGGGAAAAUUACAUUCACUUAGAGAACUAAACAUAAGAAGAAAUAAUCUUCAUGUUUUGCCAGAAGAGUUAGGAGAUCUUCCAUUGGUCAAGCUGGAUUUCUCUUGUAAUAAAGUGACAGAAAUUCCAGUUUGUUACAGGAAGCUGCAUCAUUUACAAGUAAUAAUUUUGGAUAACAAUCCAUUGCAAGUACCACCAGCACAGAUAUGUUUGAAGGGUAAAGUACAUAUAUUUAAGUACUUAAAUAUCCAAGCAUGUUGUAGAAUGGAUAAGAAACCAGAUUCUCUUGAUCUUCCAUCACUGAGCAAAAGAAUGCCCUCUCAGCCUCUCACAGACAGUAUGGAAGAUUUUUAUCCAAAUAAAAAUCAUGGCCCUGAUUCUGGAAUUGGAAGUGAUAAUGGAGAGAAACGAUUAUCUACAACGGAACCAUCAGAUGAUGACACAAUCAGCCUUCACUCUCAAGUAUCAGAAUCAAAUAGAGAGCAGACAUCAAGAAAUGGCAGUCACACAUUAGGAAGCAAGCCUGAGUCUCAGAAAGAAGAUGUCACUGUUCCUGAACAAGGCGGAACACAUAUGGGAUCAUUUGUCUCUUUCUUUAAGGGAAAAGAAAGAUGCUCUGAAAAAUCUCAGAAAAAUGAAGAACUCAGGAAUGACAAAAGACUUGAGAAAGAACAGUUCCUUACAGAAGAAGAUGAUGAUGAUUUGAAGGAAGUAACUGAUUUGAGGAAGAUAGCUGCUCAGUUAUUGAAGCAAGAACAGAGGAACAGGAUUCUUAAUCAUUCAACUUCUGUCAUAAGAAACAAGCUGGAACAAACUGUGGAAUGUGAAAAGAGUGUCUCAGCAGAUGAAGUUAAUUCAUCAUCAUCACCGCUUGCAUGGCAGCCAUUUGAAAAUCAGAAGGAUCAAAUAGAUGAGCACCAGUGGCCAGAAUCUCAACCUAUAAUUUGGCAAAGUGAAGAGAGGAGACGGAGCAAGCAGAUUAGAAAAGAAUAUUUCAAGUACAAAUCAAUGAGGAAGAGUUCAAGUGGCAAUGAAAAUGAUGAGCAAGACAGUGACAAUGCUAAUAUGUCACCACAAUCUCCAGUAUCAUCUGAGGAAUAUGACAGAACUGAUGGUUUUUCACAUGGUCCCUUUGGAUUAAAGCCUAGAUCAGCUUUUAGCCGCACAUCUCGCCUAGAAUAUGGGGCAACAGAUCCAGGAUUUACAAUGAGAAGAAAGAUGGAACAUUUACGAGAAGAGCGAGAGCAAAUACGACAACUUCGCAAUAAUCUUGAAUCCAGGUUAAAAGUAAUUUUGCCUGAUGACAUUGGAGCUGCACUGAUGGAUGGUGUUGUUCUUUGCCAUUUAGCCAAUCACAUAAGGCCACGCUCUGUAGCUAGUAUUCAUGUACCAUCGCCAGCAGUGCCCAAGCUGAGCAUGGCAAAAUGUCGAAGAAAUGUAGAAAAUUUUCUUGAUGCUUGUAAAAAGCUGGGUGUCUCACAGGAACGACUCUGUUUGCCUCAUCAUAUUUUGGAAGAACGAGGCCUUGUGAAAGUUGGUGUUACUGUACAGGCGCUCCUUGAAUUACCUACAACCAAGACAUCUCAGCUGUCUAUGGCUUGAUAUAACAUUUUUUAAGUCAUAUGUGUACAGUUUCAUUUACUUGAAGUGAUUUCAGAUAUAUCAAGUUCAUGAAUAAGAAUGUUCAGUCAAAAAUAGUUUGCCUUAGGGUUUUUAAAAAAUUACAUUAAAACAUCAGACUUAAACUUUGAAUUGUCCAAACUUCUUUUGGGGGGACCUGGAUUAAUUUAAUGAGAGUUUUUGAUAAAUUCAAAUUCUCUUUUUGCAAAUUUAUUUCAUAACCUUAUUUUUCAAAAAGCAGAUUCAUACUAAAUUAAAAAUAUACUUUUAAUUUAAUAAUCACCUUAAGUUUGAUUUUUUAAAAACAUAACAUUCUAGUAAACAGCUGGUUAAAGGUAAUCAUUUUUUCACGAUUUAAAAUAAUUCUAUAUUUGCGUUAUUUAAUACACUUCUAAUUCUACUUUACACACAAUUUCUUCAAUCUUUGGUCUUAGUUUUCUAGAAAAAAUGAGUAGAAGAAACAGAACUCUGGCAUUAUAUUCUUUUAGUAUAAUAGGUUAGUGCCAAAAUAUUUUUAGUUGUACUGUAGAUUGUUUACAUGUGAAGUGCCUGUGUAAUUGAUAAAUCUUACAUAGUCUUAAGCAUUUUUACAAUUUCUUUUUAUGUAUUAAUAGAGUCGAUGGGAACUUUAAAAUAUUUUAGUAGAUUUUGUAAAGUCAGUAAUAUGUGAGGAUUUAAGUGUACCUCACAUUGUGACAUUUGUAAUUUUUUAGUCCAUUGCAAUUCUCCUUAAAUUGGUUAUUUCAUGUUGU